AUGCAAGAGAGCGGCGAUGAGACGCUUGGUGGUGUGACUGCGCCACCCGGCCCACCACACCGCCUGCGUCUCGUGCCGUUCCUGGACAUGACGCGCUCGCUCCUCUUUGUCCCGACCGAGCUAGAGCUACGGGAGAAUGGGCAUGCUGUACAGAUUGGGCGCUUCUCGGAGCGCCGUAGGACGGAUGGCGAGUCAGGCGAGGCAAGUGAUGCGGCAGCGACACCCGCUGUUGAGAUCACGACCGAGACACAGCCCGUGCCACAGGCCCUGGCUGACGAUCAGGCCCAGAUCGCGGCGCGGACGUCUGCGGCGACGGUGAAUCGGCAGCAGACGCGCGUGACCUUCAAGAGCAAGGUGGUGAGUCGACUGCAUGCUGAGAUUUGGUGCGAAGCGGGAGGAACGAUCUAUAUCCGCGACACCAAGUCGAGUAGCGGCACCUUUUUGAACCACCUGCGCCUGGCACCGGCCGGUGCGCUGAGCCGCCCCUUUGCACUGAAGGAUGGCGACGUGCUGCAGUUUGGCAUCGACUAUCAAGGCGGUGUCCAGGAGCUGUAUCGCUGCAUCAAGCUUCGGGUCGAGAUCGACCGUGAAACGCGCCUGCAGCCGACGGCCUACGGCUCCAAUAUGCUGCGCCAGCUGCAGACGGCGCAGCCCGAGGCACAGCCUGCAGCCUCUAGCGCGACACCGAGCCGUGCGAGCGGGGCAGAGCUGACGGAGUGCUGUAUCUGUCUCUUCAAAAUCAAGGUGUGUCAGGCCCUGUUCAUUGCACCCUGCUCGCACAUCUUUCAUUACAAGUGUAUCCGGCCCCUGCUCACAUUACACCACCCAGGCUUCUCAUGCCCGCUGUGCCGUACGUUUGUAAACCUCGACGAGGACGUCGAGGUUGACGACGGCGACGACGAAGACGACAACUUACCGCUUGCUGAAAUGCGGAACCCCAACGCAGCCACGUCGCCAGACGCGGAUAUGGACACGUCCGGCUCGCUGGGCGAAAUGCACUCAGCGCCCAACUCGCCACUCCAGGUGCAAGAGGCGCUCCCAGCGCAGAACACACACACGCAGCUCGACGCAAUCGUCGAGCAAGAUAGCCCCGCACUCGCACCGUCGGCUGGGCAGGCGGUGCCGAGCAUCGGCAAUGAUGCUAUGGAGAGCGUACAGACACCCUUUGGAAUUGUACAGCGCCCGCGCCCUGUAGCAUAG